AUGAGUGACUAUAUCGACUACCUCUCCAUGCAAGAGAAUAACGACGACACCGCUCCCCUUAGCUCAGACGAAAACGACAUGGCCAACAAAAAGAAGUUUGAGGUCCCGACAGUCGCGCAACAAGAGAAGGCGUAUGUCAUUGACUCGGACAAAUUUCCCAAUAUCUUGUAUAAGCCGCCACCGGAAGGUCCACUGGAUUGGCAGAUCCUGAUCCCUGAACUACCUACAAUACAUCUUGUCGACAAGCCGCUGAAAGUUUCCACAGCCUCGGCACUCAAUCAGCCUACAAUAUCAGAACAGAAGACAGUCAACAAUCAAAAACUGAUCGUAUACAGAUACGAUGCAUCGUCGGACAACAACACCAACAACGUCUAUGAGACAACAAGCAGCACAUACCGCCAACUAUUUAAUGGCGGACCACCAAUUCCAAUCACCGCACGCGACUCUUUCAUGGUCGAAUCUUCCAUACAGGGCGCGUCCGUGCAAGAUCGCUCCCAGACUGCCCCCACUCAAGACACCCGUCCAUCCUUCGAGAACACGACCCGGAAAGAAAGCCUGCCCCAUCAGCGCGUCUACAGUUAUCCCGCCUACUCACGAGGACACGAACCCGAAUCGUUCCCUGUUGCGUUCAAUUCUUCAGAUACUCAUUGCCGGCAACCGAAGUCGACACCCACCACCACCAAGCAACCGACCGCUCAGCGCAAACGUUUCCACAAUGACGCCAAAGGAAAGGACUCAGGGAAAGACGGCGACACUUGGAUUGACAUAACUAAGCGGCUCAUAGCCGAUGGUGCACGCGCCGACAAGGAGCAUCAGGACCUCGUUGACGCUACACUUGCAUACAAGGCUGUGGUUGAUAAGAGAUUAACAGACCUUACAUCUGCCGUCUCUGGACUAGACUCUGCUAUGCAACAACUCGCGUCAUAUACCCCGUUCGCGAACAUCAUACGAACGGUUGAGAGCAUCAUGGAAGACCACAAUGAUGAUCCAGAUGGCGUACAGGAGGUCACCAAAGAACUACAUGACACCUUGGAUAAGAUCGCCUUCUCCCAGACCAUAAAUCCCUUUGAAAGCGCGUAG